GUGAGUGGAAGGAGUUGUGUGACCUUAUGCUUUCUGAUGGAGGGAGAUGGAUGAGCGACAGGUGAGCUGGCAGAUGGAACGCAGGCGGGGAGCCCGAGCAGCACCACAGCGGAGGCAGACAGGAGGAGCAGCUGAAGGAACCAGAGUGAAUCUAGGAAGGGGGGUCUCUUGUCCGGCUUGGUACCACCAAGUGGGCUCGAGGGGAACGCCAGAGCAAAAUCUGAGCAGCAGGGAUUCAGGAACCCGUCUUCGGCGCACGGAGACAACACGGAAAGAGGAAAGCGUAACGUGCAGAAUCAGAACAAGGAACAGCUCUGACGUCACCCUGACAGCUUCAGUCUGAACUGCGCACCUCUGAGCUCGGCUCGUCUUGGAUGAAGCGCGUCCAGAAGCAGAAAUGUCUAAACACCCCUCACCACGAUCUGCACUGCGCAGGUUUACCCUGCGACUCAGCAUGGGCUCGAAUAAAUCCACUCCACAGAGGAAAUGCUAUGAUCCCAAGGAUCCUUCACUGAAAUUUGUCGACCGAGAGGAUGAUCUGGACUUUUUAUGUGAGGACUUCACGUCUCCAAGAGCUGAGAUGUCCUGUGGUCAUGCUGUGACCCCGACGUCUCUUACUAACUGGUGCCUUAAGUUGCUCGAAGAUGGAAAAAGCUCCUUUGUGUGUGGAGCGUCUGGCUGUAAUGCUGUGUGGUCGUAUGAGGAGGUCUGCAAGAUGGCUCUGCUGACCACUGAGGAAAUGAAGCACUUUAAGAAAACCAUGGACCUCAAUGCUUCUGAUACAAGGAGGUGUCCUGGAUGCAAGGCCCCUGUUGCGAGACAAAAUGAAUUUAAUCUUUGUGUCAGCUGCAAAACGUGCACAGAAAAGAGAGGACGGCUCUAUGAGUUCUGCUGGCAGUGCCAGAGGGAAUGGAAAGGUCCAAAGCCGCGGCUGGACCGCUGUGAGAAUGAUGGCUGCUGCAACACGGCGCUGCAGACUCUGAAAACCUGCCCAGAUAUCGUCUUUGAUACGGUGAAAGGAAUCACUGGGUGUCCCUCCAUCCGGGCCUGUCCCACCUGUGGAUCACUGCUGGAGCAUAAACGAAAUCACUGCAAACAUCUCACCUGUCCUCAGUGUAAGAUCAAGUUCUGUUUUGUGUGUUUGAAGACUUUUGCUGAAUGUUCAAAAACAAGCGGCAUUUCAGCACCGUGCUCCAGUGGAGUUGCUCCCAGACAGACAGUUAUCCCUGUGUGGAGAAAAGAAAAUAUUAUAACACGACUGUGAACCUCUGUUUCUUUGGAUUUUAAUGUUCUUUCUCAAACCUUUCAUUAGUUUUUCUCUUCACAGAAAAAAAGAAACAGGCCAUUUUUUAUGCAUUCUCAGCAGUAGGAAAGGCAUAGAAGAUGUAUUGUGAAUUAAUGGUUCAGAAACCUGGACAGCACGCAGAAAACUAUAUGCCAGUUUUGGAUGUUCCAAAUCUCCAGUUAGUCUGGUUUAGUUCUGAAAGUAAGAAUCUUUGAUCCACCCACUUCUAUGAAUCAGUCUGCAAAGAUAUUGCAUGACACUGGAUAUGAAUUCAUGGAUUUUCUUUGCGAGACACAAGUAAAGAUCGCUUUCAUUCAUAGUACAGCUAUUUCACAAUUUAAAAGCUAUAGUUAGGAAUUUAUGUAUUUGAGAUUAAUCCAGUUAAAAUUAUCUUGAUAUUGUUUUUAUUGUACAGUAGUGUGAUGUCAGUCUAAUUUCAGUUAAUCUUCAUUGUCUCAUCUGUUCUGCCUACGAAAUUGUAAUUACAUCCCUUACUGAAAUAAGUCAUACAAAUAAAUCUCUGCAACUAUGA